UGAAGAAGGCUGCUCUCAGAGCUGCUGCUGCACAUGCAGAGUCCUCCGCAAUCAACAGCCUUGUGGAGAUGAUGGAGAAGCUGCAGCUGAAGGACUGAGUGGAGGAGCAUCAGCAGGCAGCGGCUUUGUGGCAGCAGCCCAACUUGGCCCUCUGGUUGCAGUCCAUCAAUAAACAAUUGGAGUUUUGUAUUCACAAGGAGCGCAUGGCCUGAUUUGUCCAGCGGCACCCAGUGAGCUGCUGCACCACCUCCUCGUUAUCAACUGCGGUUCAACUUCUCUCUUGUUUAUUUCUCCUCCUUUCUACCUUUGCAAUCCCUUCCCUGAAACCCCUUCCCUCCCUUCUCUUUUCUGCCUUUUCUAACUUCUCCUCUCUGCUGCCUUCCUCUAUAUUUUUUUCCCUGUACUUUUCUUUCUUUUCUCUGCACCAUUAUUUCUCUUCUUCCUCCUUCUGCACUUCCUGCUCCUCUGUUCCCUCCUCUCAGUUCUCCCCGCCUGUUCCUGCUCUUUUCCUAUUCUCCUCACUCCUCUGCCCUGUUUCUGCAUUAUUUCAUCCUCCUGCUGCAGCGGCUCAUCUACUUUGCAGUUCUCUCUUUGUGCUGUCCUCUGCUCUUUGAGUAAUUCUCCCUCUGUCCUUGCUCCUCUUCAGCUGGCUAUUAAUUCUCCACAUCAUGGCUCCUAUUGUGCUAUUUUUUCUUCUCCAUAUUCUUACUCUUCCUUCAUCUGCACUCCUGCCGUUCUUUUUUUCUCUCUAUGCUCUCUCCUCUUUCUUCUGCACUCUUCCUCUACUUCUCCUGUUCUUCAUUCCCUGCCUCCUCACUCCUCUUUCCUCUGCAUCAACGCUGCUCUUCUGUUGUACUUUUUUCCGUUUUCCGUACUUCUCGUUCUUCUGCAUCUGCACUCCUCUUCAGCUGUUCUUUUCUCAUUCUGUCCUCACUCCAUUCUUCUGCAUCUCCCCACUUCUUCUGAUCUUCUUUACAGUCUCCUCACUUGUUUUUCAUCUGCAUCUGCACUCUUCUCCCGUUCAUUUCUCUGUGCUUCCUCCCUGUCUUUCUUCUGCAUCUGAACUUCUCUUCUGCUGUUCUUUCUUCCUGCUAAUCUUUCUUCCCUGUAUAAUCAUUCCUUUUUCUUCUGCAUCUGUCUCUGCAUUCUUCUCGUUUUCUUCUCUUUUCUCUUUUUCUCCAUUUGCACUCUUCUGCUGCUUUUUUUCCCUGCCUUUUCUCUCUUUCAUUUGCAUCUGCACUCUACUCUUCUGCUGUACUUUCUUCCCUCUAUCCUCGCUUGUGCAUCUGCACUCUUCUAAAGCUUAUCCUUCUGCCUUGUAUUCUCACUGCUCUUUCCCCUGCAUUCUCACUCUCCUGUUUUUUUUUCCCUUGCAUCCUCAUACCUCUUUCUUCUACGUCCUCCCUCCUCUCCUGCUGUUCUUUCUUCCUUGUUUCCUCACUCCUCUUCUGCAUAUGCACUGCACAUGUGCUGUUCAUUCUUCUCUGUAUCCUCACUGUUUUUUAUUCUGCAUCUGCUCUCCUCUUCUGCUGUUCUUUCCUUCCCUGUAUCCUCACACAUCUUCCUUCUCUGUUUGCUCUCCACUUUGCUGGAGGCUGUUCUUUCCUCCUUUAAUCCUCUUUCGUUUGCUGCUGUACUCCUCCUGUUCUGUCUUCUAUUUAUCCUCACUCAUUUUUUUCCUUCUGCAUUCACGCUCCCUUUCUGCAGUUCUUCCUUCCUCGAAUCCUCAGUCCUCUUUCUUUUGCUGCUUUUUUUUCCAGUUUCUCACUGCUCUUUAUUCUGCAUCUGCAGUCAUCAUUUUCUCAUACUUCUUCCCUGUCUUCUCUCCUGUCUUCUCCAUCUGCACUCUUUUUCUGCUUUCCUUUCUUCCCUCCUUCCUCUUUCAUCUGCAUAUGAACCCCAUUUCUGCUCUUCCUUCCUUCUCUCUCUCCACUCUCCGCUUUCUUCUGCAUCUGUCCUUUCUCCCUUUGUCCUCACUGCACUUUAGUCUGAAGGAUGAGAGGAGGGCCCCACAGUAG